AUGGACUACCAAUCUCGCUCAACGAUUGCCGUGACCACAAUUUUGCUGGCGUUGGGGUUGUUUGCUGGUUGCGGUGCAAUCGUUUUUCCAACCGAUCGUCAGCCCGGAACAAGCACGGUCCAUGGUACACGGGGUGACCACCGAACUCCCAAGGACAUGCGAGAGCCUAAAACAGACGCCCAGGGGCUUGACUUAUUGUCGGCUGGGCUCAAGACCACCGGCCAGAAGUGGUCGUCCGACGAAUACCAAACUCUGUCGUCAUUGCAGCAGACGACUUCCGACGACAGUUCUUCGCAGCCCGUCACCACGAAGGUCGACAUCUAUCCGGCGCUAACGACAGAUUCACUGCCGUUCGUAGCUCGGAGCCAGUACGUUAGCAACCACCUGCAUCCGCCUUACUUACACCACCUGUACGAUAGCGACAAGAACACUUAUCAACAAGAAACCACGGAAUCGGAAGACCAACGUUCGGAGUACUCGACAGUGAAAUGGAACAGGUACUACCCCCAUAGUCACAGGCAAUUGAAAAAAUAUGGACCGAUCGUGGAGACGGACGUAGCGGCGGACGGCAGCAGCGUGCUGACGGGCGGAUACAACGUUUACGACAACGGCGGCGCGGACUACAGCACCGGCGCCAGUAGUUAUGAACCGGAAAACUAUAAAAACGGCGGCGGCGGCGACAGCUACGUCGGCUGGUACACCGACCCGCCGACGCAAUCUUCGCGACCGGCCACCGCCGUGGCCGAGGUCCGGCAGCCCAGCCACAAGAUGUCCAUCGACGUGCAGAAGCUGACGCUGCUGGCCAUAGUCAAGAUAGCGUUGGCCAAGCUCAAGGUGCUCACGGCGAUCAAGUUUCUCGCCUUCCUGUGGGUCAAGUUGAAGCUGUUAGUCGUGCUCAAAGGGUUCAUUUUCGCCAAGUUCACCGUGAUCAGCAAACUCCUCAAGCUGUUCCUACUGCCGUUCCUGCCCAACUUUCUGACGUGGCUCAGGAACGCGGCCAUGAUGCAGAUGAACCCCCCGAUGAACAUGCCCGGCCCCGUCAUGAACGAAGUGGCGACCGCCGCGAUCCAUUUGCGUAACGACAGCGCCCCCGACCCGGCGCUUAAGAGGAGCACCGCCGGUCUGGACACGCUGAGCGCGGCCGGCAAUCUGUUGCGGUUCGUGGCCUUCGUGCAAUCUGCCAGAUGCGCGGAGAGGACCGCUUGUCGAGUCGCCGUCACCAGACCGCCGAGCUUACGAUCAGCGUUUGCGAACUGGAUCUUAUCACCGUUGGUGAAUUAUAUUCCUAACAGAAAGUUAAAGUCCUACAUGUCAACAUUGAAGGAAGUUUCAGACUAUCGUUUAGUUAACAUAUCCAGACAUCCGUCAACAAUAGAAUGGUUUAAAUGGUGCGAUGAACAAUAUUAUUGCGAUGAAGAAGAAGAAGAUACCGAUGAAAAUUUGAUUUAA